AUGCGACCGGUGAUAGAAGAAGAAUGCGAGGGAAUCGAAUCUAAAGAAGAGCCAAGUCCUGAAGACGCGGUGACAAACGGAUACUUGGGAGAAAGUUUAAGUCAGUGGAACGUGGGGGAUGGAGGAAAGGAAGGAGGGAAUGGAGAGGCGGCCGAGGACGCGGAAGUGGAGGAGGAGGGGGAGGAGGAAGCGGAGGAGGAGGAGGAAGAGGAAGAGGAGGAAGAGGAGGACGAAGAGGAGGAGGAGGCGGAGGAGCAAGUGAAAGAGGUGGUUACAAUGGAGGGUGAUAGUAGCGCGGGAGCGGCGCGACUGGGGUCGGUGAUUGCCAUUGGGGAAAGCGGAGAAGGGGCAUGGGACGGCGGCGCGGGGAAUGAGGGGGGAGGAUACCUGUGGAUGGCAGAGGAUGGGAGGAGGGAAGAGGCUGGAGUUAAUCUUGAAAUUAGUGAUGAGACGAGUGAGGAAAUCGUGAGGGAGAGGGUGGAGGGGACAGAGGAGGAAGCGGGUGUGGAGGAAGGGAGCUCGGUGGUUGAGGGGAGUGGCUCUUGCAGUGGAAGGUCUGAGAGUGAGAAGGAAUCUGAGAGUGCGAAGGAGCCUGAGAGUGAGGGGAGGUCUGAGAGUGAGGGGAGGUCUGAGGGUGAGGGGAGGUCCGAGAGUGAGGGGAGGUCCGAGAGUGAGAAGAAGGCUGGGAGCGAGGGGAGGCCUCGUAGCAUUGGAGGUCUGUCGCGUAUGGCGGAGGCGAUUCUGGAGUUCGAGCGGACCAUUAGCGAACAGGAGAAACAGCUCUUAGCGGAGCGAGAGGCAAGAGCGACCUUUGGAUCAGUAUUGGACGGUCGGAUUGACUCCGAUGAGGUGAGGAUCAACGGUGCUGCAUCGCCAGAGGAAAUCCUCCUUGCAGCUGCGGCUCCUGCGAAGGAGCAAGCGACUGGAGAUGCGGUUACCGGGUUGCCAGUCACAGCGACAUCAGCAGCUGCUGUUCUGAACUCGCCUGCGUCGGUUCUUCUAGAGCCCCAAGACUCGGUAUCAGGCAGCGAUAGCGCCCGCAGCUUUGUGCUCGAUGAUACGAGUGUGGAUGGGGGAGGGGAGAGGGAGGAAUGCGGAGUUGAGAGGAGUGAAGGGAGCAGCGAGAGAGAGGAGGUUAGGGUGGGCAAGGAAGGGGAAGAGGAGGAAGAAGAGGAGGUGAGUAGUGAGCGGAGGGAUGAGGAGGGAGUGGAGGAAGAGGGGGGUCGAGAUGGGGCUGAAAGGGUAUGUGGGGAGCGAAAGUGCGAGAGAGUGGUGGAGCGCGGUGGAGAUGGGGAGGGAGUGGUUGCGGAGGAGGGAGAGGAAGAGGAAGGAGGUGUUGGGGGAUGCGAGACAUUGAAUGAAGCAGAGGAGGAGGAAGAGGAGGAGGAAGAUGAAGAAGAGGAAGAGGAAGAGGAGGAUCAUUUAGAUCACGCUAAGAGGGAAAGAGAGGAAGAGGAGAGGAGGGCGGAGGCGGAAAAGCGGAGGGCGGAGGUGGAGGAGAGGAGCAGGCGGAGGGCGCUUCAGUUGCAGGAGGAGGAGGAGGCAGAACUGCAUAAGCACUUCUUGGGGGCGCUAGCUGUUUCAAGGCCGGUCAGUGGAGCUGGCACAGCUGAAGGCGACUCAGAGGAAGACGACGAGCAGCUUCCACGAAAGCGCGCUUCCUUUAGCAGCAGCAGCAGUCCAGCGGUCACCGCUGCUGCUGCUGCUGCUGCGGUCGCUGCUGCCCGCGGGGAGGGGUUGGCUGAAGCAGCGGCGGCAGCAGCAAAGGGAGGCUUCAGCAUGGGAGCAGCCGGAGGAGGAGCAACAGAAGGGGCCGUCGUAGCCUGUGGUCAUCAUCACCAUACCAGCUUGAUUGCAGUGAGCAGCAGGCGACGAAGCAGCAGCAGCAACACCAGCAGCGGCAGGAAGGGAGGUGAUGAGAGUGUGACGCGCAUUCCCAUCCUACACCCCGCCACCAUCCCACCCCACCUCCCACCCCGACCCACCCCCUCUCCCUCCCCCUUCCCCUCCCCUCUCGUCCACCUCAAAGCCACGGACCCUCUGCUCCUCGCCCUCCCGAACUCCAACGCCCCUCCCCCGCUCCUGGACGGAAUGGGGUCGGCGAUAGCGCUGCAGGGCGGGGGGUUCUUAGCGUCAAUGUCCGGGCAGCACUUUGGGGAGGGCGCCACGCGGCUGGUGAUGCAAUUCUCGCGCUCCAUGGUCAUCCCAUCGCAGAGUAUUUUUGAGAAUUCUCAAAACUUCUCGCGCUCCAUGGUCAUCCCUUCGGAGCUAGCGUUGGGAGCAUCGUCUGGAGAAGCCGCUUCUAAGCUGCUCCCUCUCCCUUCUGGUGGAAACGCACCUGGCGCUGCCGCUGGCGUUGCUGCUGCUGCUGCUGCUGCUGCCGCUGCUGCUGCUGCUGCUGCUGCUGCCGCUGAUCCCUCUUCUGUCCUCCCGCUCUUGCAGCGGCUAGCAGCGGCCUCUGCUGCGGACCCGUCCGCCCCUUCCCUCACAGACCAAGUCCUGGCGCUCAUGCCCCUCCCCGACAUCAGCGGCAAGCCUCUCGAGCAGAUUGCAGCUGAGGGGAUGGCUUAUCUUGAAGGAGGGUGGAACUGGGACGGAGGAGUGGGAGGUCUGGGAGGUUCGGGAGGAGUUGGAGGAUUGGCUGGAGGGGUUAGAGGGAGUUUGGAGGGGCAGGAGGGGGGAGCGGGAGGAGGGUAUCUGCCAGGGAACCAGGGAGGCUUCCUAGAGGGACACCUGGGAGGAUACCUGGAGGGCGGUUCAGGUGGUUCUUCAGGUGCUAUCAUCAGCCGUGGCAGCUCCUCUGCGGUCUCAGUCUCCCAAUCUUCCUCUGCCCUCUCCUCCUCUGCCUCCUCUGCUCUGGCUGUGAGGCGGGCACAGGCAGCAGCAGCAGUGGCUCGCCUAAGGCGCAGGGGGCAGCACCUACUGGGGAGCAGCAGUGGCGGAGGAGGAGGAGAAGGGAAAAAAGAUCAGUCGCUAGGGGAGACUGAAGAGGACGGGGAGAUGGAUAGGGAGCUUAGGCAGGCGCUUGCGUUGAUGGGCAAGAGCGGAGGGAACAUGGUUCUAGCUGGUACGGGUGAUGCUGCAGGUAGGGCUCUAGCCAUGGGCAUGGGUGGUGCAGAAAGGAACAUGGUUCCCGGAAAGGCUGGGAUGGCAGGCAGAACUUUAGCUGGUGCCUUGGAGGCAGUGGGAGAGGAUGAGGAUGAGUAUGUGGGUUUGGGUGAGCUGGGGGCGUUGGCUGUGGAGCAGAUAGAAGCUCUGUUAGUGGAAGGGAUUAGAGUGCAGAAUGAUCAGAGUGAGUUGCACGCGCCAGGGGCUAUUACCCUAGGGGAAUCCGGGCAGUUGGGGUAUUCCGCAGGUUACCCUGCGGGGUACAUGACUGGCGGGUCGAGGGGUGUUCUGGGCGGGGCUGGUUACCAGGCUAGUGGUAACCAGAUUGCUGGUAACCAGACUGGUGGUUACAUUGGGGGAGGUGGGCCGAGAGGGUUGCUUGGGGCGGCGUUGACAGUGGAGGAGUGGCAGCAGCUGGAUGCAGGGGUGUGGGAUGCGGUGGAGUCCGAUAGAGAUGCUCAGGAGGUGCUGCGAGCGCACUGCAAGGCUCAUGGGAUAGCAGGGCUGCUGGAGGGGAGCGAGGGGGACGAGGGGAAACAGAUGGUGCUGCGCGGUGCAGAUGGGUUUGGAGGGCAGUUGGUGCCUGCAGGGAGUGGGGAUUCAGACUCUAUGACCAUAGGAGGCUGGGACGGCGAGUCUAGGCAGAUGGUGGGGGGAUAUGGAAGGGGAAUGGGGUUAACAGCCGGCCAAGGGAACACUGUAACAGGUGGUAUGCUUGGUACCAGUGCAACAGGGGGUGUGGUUGGUAACCCUGUAACAGGGGGAAUGCUGGGCGACAGUGUGACAGUGGCCAUGGUGGUUCAGCUGAGGGACCCUCUGCGGAACUUCGAGCCUGUGGGAGCACCCAUGAUGGCACUGCUGCAAGCUGAGAGAGCACCAGCGCCCGCACCUGCACCAACUGCUGCUGCUGGUAUUGCUGGUCGUGUUGCAGGUGGUGUUUCUGGUCGUGUUACUGCUGGUUUGAGUGGAUCUACCACUGCUGCUCUUGGCAGCACGGCCCAAGCGUGUAUUGGAAGCCAUCAGUGUCAGGGUCUAUUGGAAGGCUACCAUGCUGCUACCAACAAUACCACGGCCCAGCUUGCCAUUGAGUAUUCUGAGGUUGAUGCAGCUAGCCUGGCAGAAGCAGCGCUACAGCCGUGGCAUGGCGCCAGCUCAGCGCAAGCGGCGCUACAGCCACGGGAUGUCGCCACAGGCCGCCGUGGCCAUAUUACCGCAGCUGCCUCUCAUCCCCCGCCCCCAACAUUCCCCUCCACCGCCCCGCCCCGAUUCAAGCUCAAAGCAGUGCACGUCGCAGGGCUUAAGGCAGAAGAGGCACCAGGGAGAGGGUGGGGGUCGCAGAAGCAAGCACAGGCGGGAGGGAGGUGGCUGGCGGCAAACGGCAUGGGGAAGAAACAUCAGGGGAAGGGCAGCGGUGGGAGUGGAAUGUUUGGGAAGCAUGCGAAGCCGGCAAAGGUGACGGUUCAGCCUGGGGAUACGCUGUGGAGUCUUUCUCAGAAAGUUCAUGGGAGUGGGAUGAAGUGGACGGAAGUGGUGAAGCUGAACCCUCAGAUCCGGAACCCGGACCUGAUCCUGCCGAGCCAGAAGAUUCGGAUGAGGAAACCCCACAUUGCUACUCGUCCUCCUCAACCCAGACCCACCUAUAUUGCUCCCUACACCACUCAACCCCUUUCCACCACUGCUGCUGCCGCCACUGCCACCAACGCCACCGCCACCCAAAGGGGAAGCAGUGCUGCUGGAUCGGGAAAAGCCCCCUGCAACACCUGUAGACUUACCUCCCCCAAACCCGCCUCCACCAGCCAAUCCUGCUUCCUUUGCCGCACUGCUGCUUGUCCGAACCAGCCCAAGCCCACCGCCACCACUGCUGCCACUACUGCUGAUGCUAACAGCAUUGCUGCUGCUUCUCAGGCAGCUGACAUGCGCACACCGCCCCCUCUCUCCUUAUCCCCUCACGACUCUCUCCUCAUCCCCUCACGACUCUCUCCUCAUCCCCUCACGACUCUCUCCUCAUCCCCUCACGACUCUCUCCUCAUCCCCUCACAACUCUCUCCUCAUCCCCUCACGACUCUCUCCUCAUCCCCUCACGACUCUCUCCUCAUCCCCUCACGACUCUCUCCUCAUCCCCUCACGAAUCUCUCCUCAUCCCCUCACGACUCUCUCCUCAUCCCCUCACGACUCUCUCCUCAUCCCCUCACGACUCUCUCCUCAUCCCCUCACGACUCUCUCCUCAUCCCCUCACGACUCUCUCCUCAUCCCCUCACGACUCUCUCCUCAUCCCCUCACGACUCUCUCCUCAUCCCCUCACGACUCUCUCCUCAUCCCCUCACGACUCUCUCCUCAUCCCCUCACGACUCUCUCCUCAUCCCCUCACGACUCUCUCCUCAUCCCCUCACGACUCUCUCCUCAAACCCCCAUUCCCCUCUCUCCCCGCUGUCCUCUCAUCCCCCUCACCUCCUCUCCCCCUUCCUAUCCCUCUCCCUCCCCCUCGCUUUCUCCCUUUUGCUCUCCUUCUCCCUUGCUUUCUCUCACUCACCUGCGUCUUUCUUAGCACGAGGGCACGAGGAUCGGUGA